AUGUCAACCAGAUCUGGUAGAAGGCGGGAGGACGAGGAUUCGAGGCUGUGCUGCCCUCCAGCACAGCACGUCGUUUCUCGAGAGACGCCAGGGCCCGACGGAGCAGCAGCCGUCCCCUCCUUGUCGACGGGCAGUACGUCCUCGGACUCAACACCAUCGAGCCUGUACCUUGACACACUGUGGCCAUCGGGAAUUAUCGGAAGUGGUAUCCUUGAAGAAGAUGGCACGGGAGCCCUCGUCGUACCUCCAAACCAUGGUCUCCAGAGACCUACCCACUCUCCUUCCCCGUCGCCCUCCCCUCUUGCCCACCAACAACAAAUAUACAUCUGCCUCUUCCAUAUCCUUGAUUGCCACGACACCUUUGACGAUACCGAAGAAUGGAGAACGCACGUCCUGAGCCAUUUUCGAACGCAUGAACCGCCCGAUACAGCACGGUGCCCUCUUUGCCCGGCGGAAAGGUUCAGCAGCACUCCGCACCAGAGAGCGUGGGAUCUCCUGCUGGACCAUAUGGAAACAUUUCACUAUCAGCAGGGCCAGACACUCGCAGGAAGCCGGCCCGACUUUGAGCUGAUGCGAUAUCUCUAUAACCUGAGAGUAAUCAGCGUCGACCAGUUCAAGGCGAUGCAACUCGCGCCACAGCCAUCUAGCCCAGCAUAUCACCGGCGGCAGGAACCGGUUCGCGCCAGCGUCGGUUCGUCGGAUGAGCCAUACUGCGUUCCGUACAGCCGACGACGAGAAGAACGAAUGCGAGGACAACGAAGAGGUGUCAACGUCCCGUAG